ACAAUAGAUCCUAUCUACUGGACUCUCCUUGCAACCAUGGCAAAAACUGUUGUCGCCACAGGUACUUCGUCAGGCUUGGGCUUUGAAGCAAUCAAACAGCUGCUACAGCAAUCUGAGCCAUACAAUUUCAUUCUGGGGGCACGGGACGCAGCUAAAACCCAGGGCGAGUAUGAUAGCCUCAAGCUUGACACGAACAAGCACACAGUUACCGUUUUGCCGCUGGAUCUCUUAUCCCUUCCGAGUGUGCAGUCAUUCGCACAAAAUGUCCUUUCUCAAUUGGGCUCUCAAAAGCUCGACUAUCUGUUCCUUUGUGCUGGCACGCUAGAUAGUGCAGAUGGCCCGGGGCCCAAUGGAUCAUCAUGGUGCUCGGGGUAUGUAGUCAAUCAUCUGGCCCAGCAUUAUUUGAUCCAUUUGCUGCGUGAGACCCUUUCUAUCUCGCAAUCGCGAGUUGUUGUUGUUUCCUCAGGCUCCAUCCGCAAUGUGAGAGGCCAGGAUCCAGCAACACUCGACGUAGACCUUAGGGCCAACUCCAAAGCGGGGCUCAGAACUGUGUACAGUGCCUCAAAGUUUGUACAACUUCUCGGCGCAUUUUACUGGCGCCGCGAACUUCCGUCCUGCACGGUCAUUGCCGUCUCACCAGGCCUUAUCCCUAGCACCAAAUUGGCCACUGAUAUGGGUUUGUCGAUGGAUAUGCCCGAUGCAAAAACUAUACCCGAGGGGGCCCGAAACCUUCUUCGGGCAUUUGCUGUGAAUGAUUUCCCGUCUGAUUCGGAGCAGAUCUUUUUGACGAGUUGGGGGGAGUGGUGGCCGAAGGAUGUGUAUCCUUUGGCCCUUGACAAGGAACUACAGAGAAAAUGGUGUUUGACUAGAGAAGAGAUUGAGAAGGCUGAGGGGUUGGCCUGAGUGUAAAUCCUACCGCUGUUUCGGAAUUAAGGACAGAAGCUGAUCUCAUAAAUGCUGAAUGAGAAUAUCGCAAAUGAAAGCAAGUGUAUCGCGGGCAGUAAUAUCGGAUUGCAGUAAUCCUAUAUAGAGGACAAUUUACCGCCUGCACUUCUUAUACGAGAGGGGGGCGAUGCUCAACGCCCGCAAACAAACCUAAUAACCGUCGCUAUCUCCGUAGGAGUCGUAGUCUACAUUGUGAACUUCGCGGUAUUUCUCCAAUGCUUCUACUGCUUCACCAGCGGGCACACUGUUCGGUAUC